AACACCAGGGUUCUCGAACACUCUGAGGUAAACGCUAUAUAAGCGGUGCGCACAGAUUCGCGCAGCUCGACCGCGUAUUAGAGCGAGACACAUACUUUGGACUCAAACCUACAACAGAGCAUUCCAGUCUAAGUGACUUGACAGUAUCGGUCAAGAUGCCUGAAGCACAUGACCAACCAAUGGAGGAGGAGGCAGAGACCUUUGCCUUCCAGGCAGAAAUUGCCCAACUGAUGUCUCUCAUCAUCAACACAUUCUACUCAAAUAAAGAGAUCUUCCUCAGGGAGCUCAUUUCAAACUCCUCAGAUGCUUUGGACAAAAUCCGAUAUGAAAGUCUCACUGACCCAAGCAAGCUGGAUUCUGGAAAAGACUUAAAAAUUGAAAUAAUUCCCAACAAAGCAGAGCGCACACUGACCAUCAUUGACACCGGCAUUGGCAUGACCAAAGCCGAUCUCAUCAACAACUUGGGCACCAUCGCCAAGUCUGGAACCAAGGCAUUCAUGGAGGCUCUGCAGGCUGGAGCUGACAUCUCCAUGAUCGGCCAGUUUGGUGUGGGUUUCUACUCGGCCUACCUGGUAGCAGAGAAGGUCACAGUCAUCACUAAACACAAUGAUGAUGAACAGUAUGCCUGGGAGUCAUCUGCUGGAGGCUCUUUUACCGUAAAGGUGGAUAACUCUGAGCCAAUUAAGCGUGGCACAAAAGUGGUUUUGCAUCUGAAGGAGGAUCAGACAGAAUACAUUGAAGAGCGGCGAAUUAAGGAGAUUGUGAAGAAGCACUCUCAGUUCAUUGGCUACCCCAUCACUCUUUAUGUGGAGAAAGAACGUGACAAGGAGGUGAGUGAUGAUGAGGCUGAAGAAGAAAAGGAGAAGGAAAAGGAUGAAGAAGGAGAGAAAGAUGAAGAUAAGCCAGAGAUUGAGGAUGUUGGCUCAGAUGAUGAGGAAGACCAUGACAAGGACUCAGACAAGAAAAAGAAGAAGAAGAAGAAAAUCAAGGAGAAGUACAUUGACCAGGAAGAGCUCAAUAAGACCAAGCCUCUGUGGACCCGCAAUCCUGAUGACAUCACUAAUGAGGAGUAUGGCGAGUUCUACAAGAGUCUAACAAAUGAUUGGGAGGACCACCUUGCAGUCAAGCACUUCUCAGUGGAAGGCCAGCUGGAGUUCCGGGCACUACUGUUUGUACCCCGCAGAGCUCCUUUUGACCUCUUUGAGAACAAGAAAAAGAAGAACAACAUUAAGCUUUACGUGCGCAGGGUCUUCAUCAUGGACAACUGUGAUGAACUCAUUCCAGAAUAUCUCAACUUCAUCAGGGGUGUGGUAGACUCUGAGGAUCUGCCCCUUAACAUCUCCAGAGAGAUGCUGCAACAGAGCAAGAUCCUUAAAGUCAUCCGAAAGAACCUGGUCAAGAAGUGCCUUGAGCUCUUCACUGAACUUGCUGAAGACAAGGACAACUACAAGAAAUUCUAUGAACAGUUCUCCAAGAAUAUCAAGCUUGGUAUCCAUGAAGACUCUCAAAACAGGAAAAAACUGUCAGAGCUGCUGCGGUACUACACGUCUGCCUCCGGAGAUGAGAUGGUGUCCCUUAAAGAUUAUGUCACUCGCAUGAAGGACACUCAGAAGCACAUCUACUACAUUACAGGUGAGACCAAAGAUCAGGUGGCCAACUCAGCCUUCGUGGAACGCCUACGCAAAGCUGGUCUGGAGGUUAUCUACAUGAUCGAGCCCAUUGAUGAAUACUGUGUUCAGCAGUUGAAGGAGUUUGAGGGCAAGAACUUAGUGUCUGUAACCAAGGAGGGUCUGGAGCUCCCUGAGGAUGAGGAAGAAAAAAAGAAGCAGGAGGAGAAAAAGGCACAGUUUGAGAACUUGUGCAAAAUCAUGAAGGACAUCCUUGAGAAGAAGGUUGAAAAGGUUACCGUCUCAAACCGUCUGGUGUCUUCCCCAUGCUGUAUUGUCACCAGCACGUAUGGCUGGACAGCCAACAUGGAGAGGAUUAUGAAGGCCCAGGCUCUGAGGGACAACUCCACCAUGGGUUACAUGGCUGCCAAGAAGCACCUAGAGAUUAACCCUGAUCACCCUAUUGUUGAAACACUCAGGCAGAAAGCAGAGGCUGACAAGAACGACAAAUCUGUAAAGGAUCUGGUCAUCUUGCUGUUUGAGACUGCACUGCUUUCCUCUGGGUUCACGCUUGACGAUCCUCAGACGCAUUCUAACCGCAUCUACAGGAUGAUCAAGCUGGGCUUGGGCAUUGAUGAAGAUGACCUGUCCGCUGAAGAGCCGUCCUCUGCACCCAUUGAGGACAUGCCCCCAUUGGAAGGGGAUGAUGACACAUCUCGCAUGGAGGAGGUGGACUAAAGCAUCAAGUUUGCUAGUUUGUCAGUUCAUAGUUCUAUAAAAAUGUACAGCGUUUAUUUAAUGGUUGGGCUUGACUUGUACCUGGGUGGCUGCAGUUAGGGUAAACGGUGAGGGCAUCAGGAAAACAGUUGCAUGACUUUUCCAUGUGUGGAAAGACGCAUGUAUGUAACGGCAAAGUUGUACGUAUUCAAAAGUUAAACUUGUAAGUAAGAGGUUUCCAGACACUGAUUAGGUCUAGUUUUGGAUUAAAAGGCAAUGUCGAUAUGGAUGCUCCUUUUAAAAACCUUUAAUCUAGGAUUAGACAGUCCUUGUGUGUGUAAACUCAGUGCAGAGUGUAAAGAAUGGGCUAGUAACGGUUAUCCCCAAUAUUCAUUCUUGUAAAAAGGACAUGAGGGAGAAACCACAGUUCUUUUUAGUCAACCUUGCACUGUGAAGCCGUACCUGUCUAGGUGCCUGGGUGCAAAUUAAGCCCACUCAGUGUUAAUGAUCUUAAUUGUUGAUGUUCCUGCUUUCUUAUGUGGCUGUUAAAAUCCAUUCCCAGAGAAACAGUGCUGGUUUCAGAGCACCAGUUUCCAUUGCUUUUUUCCCUAAUUUUUGUUUUUGUAUAGAGAUGUGUAUGCAUUUUUUUAUUUACUCACAUUCCACAGAUUUGUUUCCCUUUUUUGUUUUUUUAAAGUGUGAUACUACUCAGUUAUGUAUAUUGAAUCUGAUACUGUAACUUGAAAUGGUGGGACCCUCAAAUAAAAUUUGCCAUAUUGAAUCAA